AUGCCAAGACCUGGAAAAAAUUCCUACGAUGAUCAGAAACCUCCUUAUUCGUAUAUUUGGUUGACAUAUAUGGCUAUACAGAAUUCAGAAGAAAAGAUGCUCCCGUUGACUGAAAUUUACAGAUACAUUAUGGAUAAAUUUCCGUUUUAUCGUAAAAAUACACAACGGUGGCAAAAUUCCCUCAGACAUAACUUAUCAUUCAAUGAUUGCUUCGUUAAGAUACCACGACGACCAGAUAGACCUGGAAAGGGAUCUUAUUGGGCGGUUCAUCCACAUGCACUAGGAAUGUUUGAAAAUGGUAGCUGCUUGCGACGAAGGAAGAGGUUCAAGGUUCAAAGAUAUGAUACCAGCGAAGAUUCGCAACAUCAAUUGCCGAAGAUAACCUAUCACCAACCUCCAUGUUCUUCAUUCCAAUGGUUAUUUCCCACUCAUCUGCCAUCAUCAGUGACAUCUGGAACUUUCAUGGAUCCACAACAAUUCUUCCUUACAACUCAUAGUCUUCUUUUGUUUCCUUCUUUAACUCAGCAAUCAGCUCAUUUUUCAACCAUUAUAACACCAAAAUCAAUGUGUAAUUCUUCUUUUACUAUUGACUCAAUAUUAUCAUCACCAGCUUGA